AUGAGUUACCUCUACCCCCAGUUUUAUGAUCACUCAUGUCCCAAAGCUCAACAGAUAGUGAAGUCCAUUGUGGCUAAGGCUGUUGCAAAAGAAACCCGCCCGUGUCAUGAUCACUCGUGUCCCAAAGCUCAACAGAUAGUGAAGUCCAUUGUGGCUAAGGCUGUUACAAAAGAAACCCGCACGGGCUGUGAUGCAUCACUAUUGUUAGAUAGCAGUGGCACCAUAAUUAGUGAGAAAAGGUCCAAUCCUAACUGGGAUUCAGCCAGGGGAUUUGAAGUCCUCGAUGAGAUCAAAUCUGCACUUGAGAAGGAAUGUCCUCAGACAGUAUCCUGUGCUGAUAUCUUGGCUCUAGCUGCGAGAGAUUCCACUGUCCUGACUGGUGGUCCUAGCUGGGAGGUUCCAUUAGGAAGAAGAGACUCCAGAGGUGCAAGUUUGAGUGGCUCUAACAAUAACAUUCCUGCUCCAAACAACAAAGGGAACCUUUAUUCAGCUCCACUUCGCGUACGCCAAUGCUCCAAACAUGUACACCAUCCUGGUAUUUGA